GUGUGAAACUACCCGGUAAUCUGCGGACAUUGAGCUUUGGCAUUUCCUUUAACCAGAGCGUGAAGGCUGUGAUAUUUCCUUCCAGCUUGGAGACCUUGGCAUUUGGAAGUGAAUUCAACCAAAGCUUGGCUGGUGUCACAUUGCCCAACAGCCUGCGGACCUUGACCUUUGGCGAUCUUUACGAUCAACCCUUAGACCAUGUAACGCUGCCAAGCAGUUUGGAGACUUUGUCCUUUGGGGGAAGUUUCGACCAGAGCAUGUCAGAGGUAGCGCUGCCAAGUGGCUUGCAGACGUUGACCUUGGGCGAAGGCUUUAACCAGAGCUUGGAGCAUGUCCAAUGGCCAAGUAACCUGCGAUCCUUGACUUUAGGAGAAUUCCUUGAUUCCCAUGAGAGCUUCGAAGGCGUGGUGCUGCCAAGUAGCCUGCGUGAAAUGGGUGUAAGGGACUUUCAUUUGCAAGUCCACUUGGCAUCACAUAGCUAG